UGAUCUUAUCAUUUUUCAUCAUUUCAGUUCCAGCAUCUCUUUCAGCACCAUCAGUCACCACCAAAAUGAUGCCUGGAGGCUUAGAUGAAACUCAACCUGCAACUCCAGAAAUCCAGAAGAUAGUUGAUGAGGUAAAGCCACAGCUUGAAAAAAAGUGCAAUGAAAAAUAUGACUGCUUUAAUGCUGUAAAUUACAGAAGACAAGUGGUUGCUGGGACCGUGUACUAUAUAAAGGUACAUGUUGGGGGUGAGCGAUAUGUACAUUUGAAAAUAUACGAACCUCUCCCUCACGAAAAUAAACCACUUGAGCUGUCAGCCUACCAGACCGGCAAAACCAAGGAUGAUGAAGUGGCCUUCUUUUAGAGUCCCAGGCCAGAAUGCAUUUGGUUACUUUCAUGAGCAUGCUGUAUCAAUAAGCACACUGGGAAUGAAACAUAGAUCUUUUAAAAGUAGAUUUUUGACUUUGAUGAUGUAUUGGUUAGUUUUAGUCAAUGUUCCCUUUUUCCUCUCUUUAUUCUUUGUUAUAAGGGAUGUCUCACUGGAUA